AGCUAUUCGCUCAAGCCUGGCUGUUUGUUAGCAGCGCUCGUGUUGUGCUAAGGGUGUCUGUCCUGCAGUGUUCGGACAGCGCAGUGUUCGCCGGGGCAGCCAUGUUGGCUCCACGGCCCCGUCCCCUCACCUCCUCGGGGAACGGGUUCUCUUACCGGCGGAUUCGAGGGAAAUAGGCGCCUUUCGGCGAGGUGUGGUGUCGACCACAGGCUGGCCAGGGGAUGCUGCCGCAGAUCUGCAACAUGAAGCUGGACAGGGGUUGGAUGUGGCGCGUGUUGCUCAUGUCCUCCCUGGCUUUGGCAGUGGUAGUGGUGGCCCAGGAGAAGCCGUCAGAGGCUGAUGUCGCAGACGUCGAUGAAGCUAUGGACUUGGACGAGGAUUUGAAGGUUCUGAUGGCAGGGAAGGAGGAGGAGGAGGAGGAGGAGGAGGAGGCAACAGUGAUGGACGAAGAGCAGUUUGAUGAGACAGAUGACCAGGACACAGCAAAUGGGAAGGCGGGCAAGACUGAAACGGAUGAAAAUGUCUCCUUCCAGGUAACAUACAUGACUCCUGUCCCAACCGGAGAUGUGUACUUUGCAGAGACUUUUGAUGAUGGAUUGCUGGACAGAUGGCAGCUGUCAAAGACGAUGAAAGGGGACACAGAUGAUGACAUCGCCAAAUAUGAUGGGAAGUGGGCUGUGGAGAUGCUGAAGGAGAACAAGGUUCCCGGAGACCAGGGUCUGGUGCUCAAGUCCCGAGCCAAACACCACGCCAUUGCCGCAAGGCUGAACAAAGCCUUUGUCUUCCAGGAUAAGCCUCUGGUGCUACAGUAUGAGGUGAAUUUCCAGGAUGGUAUUGACUGUGGCGGAGCAUACAUCAAACUGCUCUCAGACACUGGCGAUUCCAGUCUGGAGGAUUUCCAUGACCGUACACCAUACACCAUCAUGUUUGGACCCGACAAAUGUGGCGAGGACUACAAGCUGCACUUCAUCUUUCGCCACCAGAAUCCGCUGAACAAAGACACUGAGGAGAAGCACGCCAAGAGGGCCGACGUCGACCUCAAGAAGUUCUACACUGACAAGAAGACUCACCUCUAUACUUUGGUCCUGAACCCAGACAACAGCUACGAGAUGUUCAUCGAUCAGUCCAGUGUGAGCCGUGGGAACUUGCUGCACGAUGUGGUUCCUCCAGUCAACCCUCCCAAAGAGAUGGAUGAUCAAAACGACUCCAAGCCUGAGGACUGGGAUGAGAGGGCCAAGAUCCCUGACCCCGAGGCCGUCAAGCCUGAUGACUGGGAUGAGGAUGCACCUGCUAAGAUUGAGGACCCUGAUGCCUUGAAGCCCGAGGGCUGGCUGGAUGACGAACCAGAGUUUGUCGCUGACCCUAAUGCUGAGAAACCAGAAGACUGGGAUGAGGAAAUGGAUGGGGAGUGGGAGGCUCCACAGAUUCCUAACCCAGCCUGUGAGACUGCCCCUGGCUGCGGGGAGUGGAAGCGCCCCAUGAUCAACAACCCUCAGUACAAGGGCAAGUGGAAAGCCCCACUGGUGGACAACCCCAACUAUCAAGGAAUCUGGAAGCCGCGUAAGAUUGAUAACCCGGACUAUUUCGAGGAUCUGCAGCCAUUCAGGAUGGCACCGUUCUAUGCCCUGGGCUUGGAGUUGUGGUCUAUGACCUCAGAUAUCUACUUUGACAACUUCAUCAUCACGUCUCACAAGGAGGUGGCCGACCGCUGGGCCUCCGACAGCUGGGGCCUGAAGAAACUAGUGGCCAGUGCUAACGAGCCGGGGAUUUUCGCUCAGCUCCUGGAGGCCGCCGAGGAACGACCAUGGCUCUGGGUGGUCUACGUACUGACAGUAGGAUUGCCCAUAGGACUGACUGUGCUAUUCUGCUGGCCAAAGAAAUCAGAAGAUGACUAUGUGUACAAGAAGGUGGAUGUGCCCCAGGCUGAUGUAGAAGAGGAGGAAGAUGAGGAAGAGGAAGAAGAGGAGGCAGCGGCAGAUGAGGAAGACAAAGUCUCUGAGGCCGCAGAAGCUGCAGCAACAGAAGAUGCUGAGGAGGAGGAGGAGGAGGAGGAGGAGGAAGAUGCAGAUGUGGGAGGGGACAAUCUAGAGGGGGAUGAUGAUGAAGAAGGGGAGGAGGAGGAGGAGGAGGAAGGAGAAGAGGAAAGCAAAGCUCCAGAGAGAACAUUAGAAGAUGAGACUGUCUCACGUCUGACACCGUGUCCUUGUCCUAGUGAAAAAUGAGCAGAGAAGGAGGGCGGAGAUGCCGGCGAGGAGAACCACAAACAAGCUGUGAGAAAGAGGAGGGUACGGAAAGACUGAAGAGUCGAAAGCCACGCCUGCUGUCUCCAUUCUUCCCCAAACAGGGAGGAGGUGGAGGGCCGUAUCUGCUGCCACUCCCCCCCUCUCUGAGCGGAGCAGCUUGUAAUUCCUCCAGACCCACCGGGUGGCCUGCAGUCACCCUGGCUGCCCCCCACCCUGUCUCCUCCAUCCCUUGCCUAAACCCAUCACAGGUCUGCAGUCUCCCAAACCACUUCCUGUAUCAUCCCUCAUGUCGUCAUCAGGUGAAUCCCUUGGAUAUAUUGUGCGUUUAGCGGUUUUCCCCUCCUGCCCGCCCUGAGCUUGCACGCUUUCUUCAACCCCCCCUCUAUAAGCCAUUGCUGUCAAAAUGCCUGUCAGCCUAAAAAACCCCGCCUCCUCCACCUCUGUUCCUGUUCAGCCUGUCUCCGAUGUCAGUCGUCUCUCUGAAGAUGCUCCAUCAUAGAUAGUCUGUCUGCAUCUGUCUGACGUCAAGUUGUGUGUACCAUUUAACAGCAUAUGGUAGGGGCUGCAUCUCAGAAGCUAGACUUUAUUCUUGUGUCCUUUUUUUUAAAGAGCUCAUGUGAGGACGUGAUUUGACAAAGUUUGAAAUAGUUGGGGUUUCGAGAGCAGGCCGGAGCAGGAGAGGAGAGCGGAUGCCAGGCUGUCUGAGGUGUUACUGCAGCGUCAGACCAUGUCAGUCAAGUCGCCUCGGCUUAGGUUUGAUUUAUUACCUCUUUAUAAAUGGAUGUUCUGUUUAGAUUUUAGAUAGUUUGUCAGGAGCAUCAGUUACCUUAAUGUGUUUUUUACAGAGUUAUAGCAAUUGAAGAAUCGAGUAUUAGCAUUGAUUGACCCUAUUUAUUGGUUUUGUUUCAGAUUUGUUUUAUUGAUGCAGUGUUUUGAGUGACUCAAGGCAGUUUUCUGAAUAUGAUAUGACACUGAUGAGCUUAUUCUGAGCCUAGCCUUGUGUGAAAUGUUUUUAAAAAAACGAACUGACAGUGCUCAUAGAUGAGAAUUAAUUUUGAAUGCCUUUGUCAUCAGUUGUUUAAAGGACAGAAUGAAUGUGGGUUUCUGGAUAUUCAACCUGUGAAGACAUGUCUCAUUCAGUCAGUGCACGGCAGUGCUUCUCCAUAAUAUCUAGACUAGUUGGAGGUAGGUGGUUGUUGCUGGGGAAGACGUUGACACAAAUUUAUUUGUUUUAUAUUAUUGUUUCAAGCUUUUGUAGUUUAUUCUCGCCAGAUGCUUCUGGCAGAUCUGUUUACAUUUGUUUGCAAUUUGUACAUUGCUCUUGAAAAUAAAACUAUUUAAUACAAA